ACCAGGGCCAGACGUCUGUCAGGUCGGAGGACAAGAGCAAGAGAGUGACACAACAAGAAGAAGAAGCAGCAGGAACAAACAAACAAAAAAAGUCAGGGAACUACCACCCCGUCCUCAGCUUUACACUUACUCACCCACCGCCCGAAGGAUAAACACGAGUUUCAGGGAGCUGAAAGUAACGGCACGAUGAUGAUGACCCAGGUGGAGACCACGGUGCGCUAUGAUAACGGCUACGAGGACGAGUACAUGAUGCAGGAGGACGAGUGGGACCGGGACAUGCUGCUGGACCCUGCGUGGGAACAACAGCAGCGGAAAACCUUCACAGCCUGGUGUAAUUCCCACUUGAGGAAAGCUGGUACUCAAAUUGAAAACAUUGAAGAGGACUUCAGGAAUGGACUAAAACUCAUGCUGCUGCUGGAAGUUAUCUCAGGAGAGAGAUUACCCAAGCCAGACAGAGGGAAGAUGCGGUUUCAUAAGAUUGCUAACGUCAACAAAGCAUUAGAAUUCAUCACAAGCAAAGGAGUGAAGCUGGUCUCCAUUGGAGCUGAAGAGAUUGUGGAUGGAAAUGUAAAGAUGACCCUUGGAAUGAUUUGGACUAUCAUCCUCCGCUUUGCCAUUCAGGACAUAUCAGUGGAAGAAACAUCUGCCAAGGAAGGUCUUCUUCUGUGGUGUCAAAGAAAGACUGCUCCCUACAGAAAUGUUAAUGUCCAAAACUUCCAUGUCAGCUGGAAGGAUGGCCUGGCCUUCUGCGCCCUGAUUCAUAGACACAGACCCGACCUCCUCGACUACUCUAAGCUCAACAAGGAUGAUCCUCUGGGGAACCUGAACCUGGCCUUUGACAUAGCUGAGAAACACCUGGACAUUCCCAAAAUGCUGGACGCAGAAGAUAUCAUCAACACCCCCAAACCUGACGAGAGAGCUAUCAUGACCUAUGUUUCCUGCUUUUACCAUGCGUUUGCUGGAGCCGAGCAGGCGGAGACAGCUGCCAACAGGAUCUGUAAGGUGCUCGGUGUAAACCAAGAAAAUGAGAAACUAAUGGAGGAGUAUGAGAGACUGGCCAGUGAGCUGCUGGAGUGGAUCCGUCGCACCACUCCCUGGCUGGAAAACCGAACCCCAGAGAAGACCAUGGCAGAGAUGCAGCGGAAGCUGGAGGACUUCAGAGACUACAGACGCCAGCACAAGCCCCCCAAGGUGCAGGAGAAGUGCCAGCUGGAAAUUAACUUCAACACCCUACAGACCAAGUUGCGCAUCAGCAAUCGCCCUGCCUUUAUGCCCUCUGAGGGGAAGAUGGUAUCUGACAUAGCCAGUGCAUGGCAGGGCCUGGAGCAAGCAGAGAAAGGCUAUGAGGAGUGGCUUCUUACAGAGAUCCGUAGGCUCGAGAGGCUGGACCACCUGGCAGAGAAGUUUCGCCAAAAAGCCACUAAUCAUGAGAACUGGGCCAGCGGUAAAGAACUGAUCCUUUCCCAGAAGGACUAUGAAACAGCAACCCUGACAGAAAUCAGAGCAUUGCUACGAAAACAUGAGGCCUUUGAGAGUGACUUGGCAGCCCACCAGGACAGAGUGGAGCAGAUUGCUGCCAUUGCUCAGGAACUAAAUGAGCUUGACUACCAUGAUGUUGCUGCUGUGAACCAACGCUGCCAGAGCAUCUGUGACUUGUGGGACAAGCUGGGGACCCUGACUCAGAAGAGGAGAGAGUCAUUGGAGCGCACAGAUAAGUUGCUGGAGACUAUUGAUCAGUUGUUCCUGGAGUUUGCCAAGAGGUCAGCACCUUUCAACAACUGGAUGGAAGGAGCUAUGGAGGAUCUGCAGGACAUGUUCAUAGUUCAUACUAUUGAAGAGGUCCAGAGUCUAAUCGCAGCUCAUGAGCAGUUCAAAGCUACUUUACCCGAGGCAGACGCAGAAAGACAGGCCAUCUUGGGAAUCCAUAAUGAGGUGCUGAAAAUUUCCCAGAGCUACGGGAUCAAGGCCAACAUUGUCAACCCUUACAGCACCAUCACAUUUGAAGAGCUUCUCAACAAGUGGGAAAAGGUUAAGAAGCUGGUUCCUCAGAGAGAUGGUGCACUCCAGGAGGAGAUGGCACGUCAGCAUACCAAUGAAAGGCUGAGACGGCAGUUUGCUGCUCAGGCUAAUCUCAUUGGACCCUGGAUACAAACCAGGAUGGAGGAAAUUGGGCGCUGCUCCCUGGAGAUAGGAGGCACCUUGGAGGACCAGAUGACCCAGCUGAAGCAAUGUGAACAUGUCAUUGUUGCUUACAAACCCAACAUUGAUAAAUUGGAGGGAGACCACCAGCUAAUCCAAGAGUCGCUUGUGUUUGAUAACAAACAUACCAACUACACUAUGGAGCACAUCCGUGUUGGAUGGGAACUGCUCCUCACAACCAUCGCCCGAACCAUCAAUGAGAUCGAGACCCAGAUCCUGACCAGGGACGCCAAGGGCAUCAGCCAGCAGCAGAUGAAUGAGUUCAGAUCUUCUUUUAACCACUUUGACAGGAAGAAGAACGGAGCAAUGGAAACGGAUGACUUCAGAGCCUGCCUCAUCUCAAUGGGUUAUGAUUUGGGAGAGGUGGAGUUUGCCCGGAUUAUGAUCCUGGUGGAUCCCAAUGGCACUGGGAUUGUCUCCUUCCAGUCUUUCAUUGACUUUAUGACCAGAGAGACUGCUGAUACAGACACUGCUGAACAGGUUGUAGCAUCCUUCCGGAUCCUGGCAGCUGAUAAGCCCUAUAUACUUGUGGAUGAGCUCAGGAGAGAACUUCCCCCUGAACAAGCGGAGUAUUGCAUCAUGAGGAUGCCACCUUAUGCCGGCCCUGGAGCACCACCAGGGGCGCUAGACUACACUGCUUUCUCCACUGCCCUCUAUGGAGAGAGCGACCUUUAACCCGACCAGAACACCUUUAAUCUACUGAGCGUUUACCUGUCCCCCUACCUGUCCCCCUACCUCCCCACUCCCACCCUACCCCGCCCUCCAUCCCUUGAUGAAAUUAAGGAAUCAACGAUGCAAGGUGGCUCAAACGUGUUGAAUUAAAUGAAAGUUUUUAUUGAUUAGUUUUCUGACACAGUAGGCUAUCUGCAAUUAUGCUGAGCAUUGUCAUAUUACUUGGUAUUCUUCCUGCGUCCUUUUGUUUAAAACAUGCCCCCCAAAGAAAUAUAAACUGCCCUGAUGAAAUUAUAUUGAAAAACAAUGCAAUUUAAUUUAUAACUUGUGUGUUACGUUAUUUGAGCAGAAAAUAAGAUUCUGCAAUAAAGGUAAACAGAAUAGACAAAGAUACAGAUCAUUUGGUAAAAGUCAUACACCAAUGGGAUAAUCUUAUUUCAGUAGUUUAUCAAUUGAAGAUAACAGUCCUAUUUUGUCUAGCAGAGUUGUGUAUUGUUUUCAUGUUUCCUCACUAUGCCUUUUGUUUUGGGAAUAAAAUGUUCUGAUAAGGCAUUUUGAGAUGGUUAAAGUGAAUUACAGUUUGCAAAAGCAAUUUCCGACCCACUGCCAUCCAUCAAUAAACAGUAGGUUCCCAAAACGACAAAAAUAUGCAGCACCAGCGGUGAAAAAAUGGGAAAUCGCAUGAAUGCUAAAGUAAAUGUUUACAAUUGCCUGGUGCUUUAAAAGGUAGAAAACCCAGAGGAUUAAAUGUGUUGUAUUCAUGAGUGAUGCAAAAUGAAACAUUUUCUCUGGCAGGAACAAAUAUGUUAAUGCUUACAUGUGCUCAAAAUGUUUGUGCUACAAAGCAAGGCACAAAUACACGAGAACAUGAAAAUCAAAUGUAACAACAAGGUGAGCCCUCUUUGAUGUCGUCAUGGAAAAUGAUGGAUUAAAAAUAGAAGUGUAUGUGGCAGUGGUGUACAUGUAAAGCCUUCAUUUACAUUUUAUUCUAAUUUAUUGUGUUCUGAGGUAAGCUGCAGUAGACACAAGGGAUCUUGUCUGCAUUUGUGUUUUUUUUUUAAAAAUGCAUAGAAACCUCUAUUAUGGUCACACGUUUUUGUGAGUACUCUAACAUACUGUACUCAUUUUGUGAACUGUAGCAUCUUUUUAAUAUUUUAGGUACAUGUAAGCAUUUUUUCAGUUUCUGCUUGAGGUGGUUUUAAAGAUAUAUCUAUAAAUCCCUUAUUUAGCCAUGUAUGCCUUUAUUGUGUGUGCUGGCUAAAUAUCUUUACUUUGUUUCCUAAUUUCUCCUUGAUGCAUUUGAAGUCCUGAUGUUAAAAUAAUGCAUACAUCCAUGCUGAGUUCUCAUUUGUCCUUGUCACACGGUGAUUAUGAAAUGGUAAAGACUUCUCAUCCUGUCAUACACAAAAUACUUAAAUAUCCAGUAGUUGCAGUGAUUUAACAAAAAUGUGCUGGUACAUGCUCAUAACAUUUUCCACCAAAAAUUAAAAUUACGUACGAAAGCAAUCUUUGGGAGGCUCUUAAUGAAAAACAAUGAAAUCAAAAAUUUUGUAUUCUUGAUUUUGCCCUGGAAUCUUCUGAGAACUGCUUAUCGGCCACUUCGCACAGCCUCAACUCAAAUUGCUGGAGUACAUUAGUAUUUUAAUAAUCUAUUAGAUGCAAGUAAGAGGUAAGAAACUUUCUAAUUUUAACUUUGUUGUAUUUUGGUAACAAAAUGAAGAUUCUCAGGCAAUACUUAUGCCUUGAAAGAAUUUGCUGACUCUGUUAUCUAAUUCAGGAUCAUGGAUUAAUUAAAUAAACUGUUUGUCACUAAUUCAACCCUUUA